CUCAACUGGAAAAGUGGAAGGUUGCCUGAUGCGCGACUACAACUACACAGCUGCUGCUGAGUUGGGGUACUCCAGCACCAUGGUCAACCUGUCAGCCCUCAGCCCCAACAAUGAUGGUCUCCUCGCAUGCACCUCACGACAGUUUAACUUGUCGCAGUACGACUCCACCAUCGUCACAGAGUGGGACCUUGUAUGUGAGCGUCGGGCGCUGUAUGCCACCACCCAGGCCGUAAGCCAAAUCGGCACUUUCCUUGCCAGCCUCGUGUGUGGCUACCUCCUAGACGCGAUCGGGCGGAGGAAGACAGUGAUGAUCAGCAGCGUAUUGUCCGUGGUCGUGAGUUUCGUCACCGUGGCUUCGCCCAACGUGGAGACUUACAUCGUCUUCAAAUUUCUAUUCCAGGUGGUCGACUUUGGCUGCUACCUGGGGUGUAUGCUUGUCGCUAUGGAACUGUGCUCACCGUCACAAAGGAACUAUGUGUGCUCACUUUACCUGCUUCCCUGGGCUGUUGGGUACAUGAUGGUGCCAGGUGUAUCUUACUUGGUGCAGUCCUGGAGGUGGCUACAAGUGGUCUUCUCGAUACCCGUCUUCUACUACCUUGUCUUGAUUUGGUUGCUGCCAGAGUCUCCUCGCUGGCUGAUCAUCCGCGGACGCUACAAGGAGACCCUUCAGAUCUUCCACUGGGCUGCCAAGGUCGAACGCACCACGCUGCCGCCUGACCACCAGCUCAUCACUGCCCUAGACAACAUCAGACAGAAGGAAGUCAAUGUAAGUGAGAAGGAACAGUUUCCUGUUAAUGCAGGUUCCCUAAAGCACCGUCUGGUGACGCUGUGGGAGUACCUGUUUCUGUUGCUGCACAACGAGGCGAUACGAGGGAGGGUGUUGAUUGUCUUCUACCUCUGGAUAGCUGUCUCUAUGAUCUACUACGGUGUCAGCCUCAAUGCAACUAAUCUCAGCGCGGACAUCUACAUGCACACCUUCUUGAACGCGUUGAUGGAGGUCCCGGCCUACCUGUUCCUCCUUCCUGCCAUCACUUACCUCGGAAGGAAGAAGACUCUCACUUUGCUGUUUCUAAUGUGCAGCUUCUCCAUCUCCAUGUUGACCCUCCUCAUGAUAUUACAACAAGAAGUAUUGAUGGGUGUCAAGACAUUCUGUCCCUGAACGGUAAAUUGGCCAUCACAGCAGCUCUCCAGCUGGUCUGGGUUUAUUCUACAGAAUUGUUCUCUACUGAGCACCGGGCGAGUUUUG